UUCUUUCUACACAUCUGCCAGAAAACAUAAAAAAAAAAAACUAAAAGUCUUCUUCAUUCUCUGUAAAACAGAGAAACUUGCACUCUAUACGAAUGGAAUCAUAAACUUUCCACAUUUAUUUUUUCAUCAUCUUCCUCACAAUACCCGGAUCCGAAAACCCGCAUUCGGAUCUCUCUCCUCUCUUUUGCCGGCGCACAGUCCAGGUCAGUGAUUGCAUAUGGAUUAUUGAAGGAUGAAUUGAAGUGGUGUAGUUCUAAUGAUUAUUCGAUUAUUGUAGUAAUAUCAAGAUAAUUUCCAAUUUCGUGGUCAAAUUGUAGCCUGAAGUGGGAAGAUUGAGAAAUGUACUGGAAUUUAUUUGGUAAUUCUAGUUUGAAAUUGGUUGAAUUAGGUGCAUGGUGAAGUGGGUUGUUUGAAUUUUGAGUGAUUUAAGGCUAUAGGAUUUAGUAUCUUGAUUAAUUGAUUAUGAUUGAGAGAAAGAACAUGGGACGAGCUUCGCCUUUACUGUUGAUUCUUUUGGUUUUGGGGUUUUUCUUUGCAACAUAUAAUUUGAUAACUUUGGUAAUCCACAAUAGAAGAUUAAACUUAUGGGUUCGGAAUGAUGGAGGAAUUGAAAUGUUGACUGAUCCUAUAAUUGAGAUUCCUGAGCAUUUGAAGAGAUUAAAAGGGGGUAGAGAACCCUUCCAUGUUGCUUUGACUGCAACUGAUGCGCCUUACAGCAAAUGGCAAUGUCGAAUAAUGUACUACUGGUACAAGAAGCAGAAAGAGUUGCCUGGAUCUGAUUUUGGAGGAUUUACCAGAAUUCUGCAUUCUGGGAGGUCUGAUGACUUGAUGGAGGAGAUACCAACAUUUGUCGUUGACCCUCUUCCUGCUGGUAUAGAUCGGGGUUAUAUUGUAUUGAAUAGACCGUGGGCAUUUGUUCAGUGGCUUGUAAAGGCUCCAAUUAAGGAGGAUUAUAUAUUGAUGGCUGAGCCUGAUCACAUAUUUUUGAGGCCUUUACCUAAUUUAGCACUUGGAGGACUUCCAGCGGCUUUCCCCUUUUUCUACAUUAAGCCUGCUGACCAUGAAAAUAUUGUGAGGAAGUUUUAUCCCGAGGACAGAGGGCCUGUCACAAAUGUUGAUCCAAUUGGAAAUUCUCCUGUAAUAAUAAAAAAGGAAAUACUGGCGAAGAUUGCACCUACGUGGAUGAAUGUUUCUUUGAAAAUGAAAGAGGAUCCAGAGACUGAUAAAACUUUUGGAUGGGUGUUAGAAAUGUAUGCAUACGCCAUUGCAUCUGCAUUACAUGGGGUGAAGCAUAUUCUUCAAAAGGAUUUUAUGCUCCAGCCUCCAUGGGAUCUAACGACUAAAGACAAGUAUAUUCUUCACUACACUUAUGGAUGUGACUACAACAAGAAGGGAGAACUUACAUAUGGUAAAAUUGGUGAGUGGAGAUUUGAUAAAAGGUCACACUUGCGUGGACCACCACCUAAAAACCUAACCAUGCCUCCUCCAGGAGUUCCUGAAAGUGUGGUGACCCUUGUUAGUAUGGUGAAUGAAGCUACUGCCAACAUUCCAAACUGGGACAAAAAGUAGUCUCGUGGUAAUGGUAAACUGCAUAUUGAGUACCAAAGUGACUUUGAAAAGUUCUAUUGUAUACUUGUGUGAAGCGACAAGUUUACUGAUGAAUGCAGACCUUAGAUGUAUAUUUCAGACCUUGACAACUUCUAAUCUCAAACGCAAGAAAGCUACACCCUCAGGCCUCAAAGAAGGAUUUUUUAUUUUUAUUUUAGGGUAUCUUAAAAAUGUCCAGGGAUUUCCUGUGUGAAGAUUCAAAUUGGGGGACGAAUCUCUAACCUGAUUAUACAAACGCUGCAGCAGCAAAAUCAAAGAAUAGGUUUUUUUUUUUUUUGAUGGUGGGAUGGGGCAUCAGGAAGGUACUAAGACUGUUAACUCGAGCUCAGUACUUGACUGAGAUAUAGCUAUGGUUUUUUUGGUUGUAAUCUGAAAUUGUGUAGAGACGGGAGGUUUUCGCCUUUUCGGAGUUAAUAUUUUGUAAUUGAGAUAUUGAACUUAAGGAUCAGAGUAUCCAAUACGAAAGUCAUGAAAAUUUGUUCCGGCAGUUUAUCAAAUUUGCAUGUUUGGAUUGA